AUGAUGCCAUCUAGGGCUCGGAUGGGUUCUGGGAAGCAUGUCCGGUUACCGGGCUGGUCUCUAGAUACCAAUGGCUGGAAUGAGGGGCUCUACCCUUCCAUUAAUCGCAGAAGGGGCAAGGGGAAUAUCCUUGCACAUCUGACCAGUGACAGUCCUGCUUUGGUAGGAUCAAAUAUUACAUUUACUGCAAGACUUGAAUUUCCUAAAUGCCAGAAGGAAGAUGAAAACGGAGACCUAGUGUAUGAGAAACAUUGCAAAGAUGCAGAUGCUUCGGUUCGCCCAGGUGAGUACGUGUACAACUGGACUUCCUGGAUUGAUGAUUAUGGCUUUGGAAACUGCACUGACAAGUCAAACUGCAACGUGUUUCCAGAUGGGAAGCCCUUUCCGCAGCACUCGGACUGGAGGAGAAACAACUAUGUUUAUGUGUGGCAUACCAUGGGUCAGUACUACCAGAAGAAUGAUCGCUCCGUUUCAAGUAUCUCUCUCAACACAACCAAUAUAACCCUUGGUCAACAGCUUAUGGAGUUGUCUGUUUAUCGCAAGAGUAAUCGCAGAAAGUAUAGUCCUGCAACAACUGCAAGUGGCAUCUAUUUUGUUACAGAUCAGAUUCCUUUCAUAGUCACCAUCUCCCAGAAAAAUGCCCAAAACACCUCUGACAAGGUCUUCAUCAAGGACUCUGACAUAGUUUUUAAUGUCAAAAUCCACGACCCCAGCAACUACUUGAAGGCGGAAGUGUCCUACAAAUGGGAUUUCGGUGAUGGCAGCAAACUUAUUACUCCCAGCUCAGUCGCUACCCAUGCCUACAACCAGCUGGUGAACUACACUGUGAAACUUAACGUUGAAGCAAUCUUCGAAUUGCCCUGUGGACCUGCUACCCCAACCCCCGUGUCUCUGACAUCCAUUGCAUCGGAUCCAAUGACCGCCAUGCCUUCAACUGUUCCUUCAUCCACCAAGAGUUCGGAAACCACAAGUCAGGAGACUACUGCUGUUGCAACGUCCUCUCCUAUGGAAGAUUCUACCACCACAGUCGCCCAGACAACUGUGCCCCCUACCACUGAUGCUGUCACCCAGACAACUGUGCCUCCUACCACUGAUGCCGACGCCCAGACAACUGCAGCCCCUACCACCAGUGCAGCCUCGACUGCCGUGACUUUCAACAGCUCCACAUCCACUGCUGCUUUCACCACUGAACCACGCCUGCUCCAGAGGCGACGUCGGCAUCCAGAAUGCAAGCUCUACAGAUAUGGAAGCUUCAUAGCAAACCUCCACAUUGUAGCUGGGAAUGUUGCAGAGGAGAGUGUCAGAAGUACCGACGUUGUUCAGGUUUCUACUACAUUGGUAACAGACGUCACUGUGGAUUUUUUGGUGAAAUGCAGUGGCAGUAUCCCCACAUCUGCUUGCACCAUAAUAUUGGACUCUACAUGCAAGGUAACAAAGAACAUAAUUUGUGAGCAAGUCCCUGCUGCUGACCAGUGCCAGCUGACUCUACAGAGGGCCUUCAAUCAGUCUGGGAUAUUCUGUGUGAAUAUUACCCUGAGUGACUCUGCCAGUCUAGCCCUAGCCAGUACACUUGUGACUAUUGGACAAGAGUCUACAUACACUGUGGCCAAAGAGGCUUCACUCAUAGCUGGUGCUGUCCUGGUGGUUCUUAUUGCAGUAGCAGCUCUUGUUCUCUACAAACGCUACAAGGUAUACAAGCCUGUGAACAGACAUCCAGGGGAGGGCAGCGUUGAAGGCAUUACAAUCUACUUCCAUCAGCUGAAGAUGGCCCUGUUCCCUGGGAAUGAGGAGAGGAACCCACUGUUGCAUGGCAAAACUGCAGUGUUAUAGGACUAGUGUCUGCCUUACCUGUUUACGGAUUUUGCUACUAUUGCGAUUUUGAUGUGUCUUUUAUCCAUACUUGAUGAAUUCUUAAUUGAUAUUAAAGUCUUUAAGCGACAGUCAAAUGCUCUUGUACUGUAACAUGUUUAUAGUGUGUAAAAUGCAGUGUCCUUAACUCUUUAAACUGUCAAAUUGAUUUAAAUGUAGCUCAUGAAACAUUAGCCAGAUUCUGCUCCUUUUUAUUGGUCGGCAAUAUGUUUAAAUGUUAGUUACAACUGGAGCGAUGAGUGUAUAUUUGUUGCUUGAGAUCCCAUUUUUUAUAUCUCUAUCAAUAAAAUUAAAGUUUCCAUGUAAAAUAUUUUGAAGACAUUUGAUUUUAGUGUAAUGGGAACUCUAGAUUUUACCCAAUCACCUGCUGGACUUGCUUUCCUCACUUUG